AUGGUUUUUAGGCAAGACGGGACUCAGUAUAUGAACCCAACCCAUUGGCAAACCGUGCUGAAUCAAAUCGCGGAGGUGAAGGAAUAUCUCCAAAUAACUCAAGAUUCCUCCCCAGAAGAUGAACAGGAAGAAUUUUCUGCGCCGCAGAUCUCUGGCCCAGUUCUCCUGCUUGGAAACACUUUUUCACCUACCAAAAACGAUCUGCUGGGCACAUUACCUUCGCGGCCAGUAGCAGACCGGUUGAUAUCGCUGUAUCUGAACUCAAAGGAAUCCAGCCUUGUUCUCAUGCAUGUUCCAACAUUCACAAAAGAGUAUGCCGAGUUUUGGAAAACCCCGGAAACAGCAUCUAUCAACUGGCUUGCGUUCUUAUUUAGCAUUCUAUGCGCUGGCGCAGGUUUGCAACUCUUCUCAACAGCCGGACGAGAAGAUGGUAAACUCGCCGAAACAUUCGCUGAGUACCACAGGCUCGCCUCACAAUGUUUGACCAUGUCACAUUACACAUCACCCGGUAGAUACACGAUGCAAACUCUCGUUCUUAGUGUGGCUAUGGAAAUAUUGCGGAGUCCAGAUAAUCAUCUUGGUCCCUCAGUUCUACUUGGAUUAGCCACUAGGCUGGCAAUCCACAGUGGAUAUCAUCGAGAUUCCAAGCACUAUCCUAAGAUCUCUGCAUUCGAUGGAGAGAUGCGCCGCCGAGUCUGGAUGAUUCUCCGCCUUCUAGAUCACUAUAUCUCUCUUCAAGCAGGCCUUCCACCGACUACAGCUCAAGCACAAUCUGAUACCCAAGAACCCCGAAAUCUAAAUGACACAGAUUUGGAUCCGUUGACGACAUCAUUGCCGCCUCCUAGGCCAGAGACUGAAAUAACGCCCAUUCUAUUUCCCGCGGUUCUCAACCGGAUCAUGUUUGCUGAUGCAGAAAUCAUCAGCAAGGUCUGCUCUGCAAGGGGAAUCCCCUAUCAAGAAGUCCUGCAUCUCGACAAGAAGCUUAAAGAGCUUCAUGCAACUGUUCCUCUUCCGCUUAAAUUCCGUACCUUGACUGAAUCAAUCGCAGAUUCACCGAAUUUGAUUAUGGACCGCUACAACAUUAAUCUCAUGUAUCAAAAAGCACGCUGUGAUCUUCAUCGGCGGUAUCUUGCCCAACAGCGCUUGAAUCCCACAUAUGCUUAUUCUCGAAAAGAUUGCCUGGAUGCUGCACGAACAGUUCUCCAACAUCAGUCUGAUAUAUUCGACGCGAGCAGUUUAGGAGGGCAACUGGGUUAUACUUCUUUUUUCUUCUCGCCUAUUGUCGCUGUACACUUCCGUUCAGCAGCUAUGAUCAUUUUAUUAGAGAUUUCGUGCCAAUCUCGCUUUGACCUGAAACAGAAUCUAUCUUCCAGUCAGAGACAGACUACAUUGGAAGAAAGACGGAAGCUUUCUCGGGAAAUUGAGCGAGCUUAUAAUAUCUGGAAUGAGCUGCGCCAUCAGUCUAGAGAAGCUCAGAAGACUGCCGAGGCUCUUCAUAUCAUGUUGAAAGUCUCAAGUAACCAUAUGCAACAUGGAGAAACACCCGAGCAAAUUCCCUCUCUGGGUGAAAAUCUGAGCAUACAACUGACAUCUGGGAAUUUUGAACACAUUGCAAAUCAAGAGCCUCAUACAGCCCAGGGUCUAGAGUACCAGAGCCCCUCCACAAGUUUGGAUACCGAAAUCACAUCAUUGGACGUCGACUUAAUGGAUGCAUCUUUCUACUUUGGCCAAGACGCGGCUCCUGAAUCCAGUGGCAUGGAUUUUUCCGGCUCGACUGAUGUCGUGGACUUUUAUAAUCGAUAUUGGAACAAUCUCAUGCUCUUGGGAGGAGACCAGUCAAUACUUAAUCCGAGCAUCGAUGAGGGCAAUCUGGAAAGCAUUGGGCAGGGCUUUUGGUGA